AUGGUCACAACAAUUAAAAUAACAUGCGAUGGGGUAUUUAUCCAACAGAAUUCAUUUUUAACAUCAAAUUACCAUCAAUUAUCAAAUUUUUCACGUACAAAUGCUACCACAACUACUACUCAUCGUAAUUUAAAUGAAAAUACCAAUACAAAUACGUAUAAUAAUACUAACAAUAAUAAUAAUAACAAUAGUAGAGUGAAUGAUAUUUUCAAUGAAAGUAAUCAUAACAAUAAUAAUACUAAUGAUAUACAACAAUCAUAUGGUAACAACAAUAGCAAUAGCAACAACAGUAAUAAUAAUCAAGAAAUUAUUUCGUCAACAUCAUCAAAAUCAUCGAAUUCAAUAACAUCAACAUCAUCAUCAAUAUCAACAUCAAGUUUAUCAUUACAAUUAUUAUCAAAAAAAAUACCAAUAUCGUCAACAUUACCAUUAUCAUCAUCAUCAUCAAAAACAUCAUUUACAUUGCCACAAACAAUUGCAAAACGUUUUUCAUUUCCAUUCCCAACAUGGUCAUCAACAAAUUUAUCAAAAUUAAAAAAAACAAUUAAAACAUCAACAAUAUUAUCAUCAUCCUCCACAUUAUUAGCAACAUCCCGUCAUAAUUGUAAACAAGUCGAAAAACAACCACAGCAACAACGAUAUUGUAAUCAUCACCAACAACAAUAUCAUCAAUGCAAUCAUAAUAAAAUUGGGAACCUUCAAGAACAACAACAAACAGAAAAACACAAUAAACAGAAACAAAGACAAAAAUUACGUAAAUUUAAUAGCAUUAGUGAUGCUACAAUUUCAAAACCAGUCAUCACAACAUUACGUCCAUCAUCAUCUACAUCAGUGAAUAUUGAUGCUGAUGUAAGCGACCAAAGAGGAAAAGGAGAAAUUCCUAAAUUCAGUAAAUGCAGACGAGCAUUUGUUUCGUCUGAGAAUAUUGCUGUAGCUUCAACAAUUGAAAAUAAACCUUUGAUAUCAAUAUUCUCAACAAAUUCAAUUAGAAAAUCAAUAAACAGAUCGUUGCAUUUAUCACAUGAUAAAAUAUUAAAUAAUUUAAGGAAAAUAUCAUUACAAUCAAAUAGUAAAUCUAUUGUUAGUAACAAUAUUAAUACGAAUAAUAACAACGAUAACAAUAGUAGCUAUAAUCAAAAUUUUGAACCAAUUAUAAAAAAGGAAGGAAUAGCAAUCAAAAUAGCAAUAUUAAAAAUAAAAGUCAAAAUUCUAUAA